UGUCUAAAUUAUUUUCUUUCGUUACUGUACGCGAUAAGAUCAACAGCCUUGUUGAAACUACAAGAAUUUAAUUUUUGAUGUGAACAGAAACGUCUCGCAACGUUGUCGCAACAUGGUUCAGGUAGUGAAACUCGAUCAGGUCUUACAUUAGCUCUUGAUGCUAGAGAUGCGGGACGAUCUUGCGAGUUCCAUGUGUAAGAUCUUGGCCUUUGAGGAGAUGCUUCUACAUCAGCAUAUAUCGGCUUCCAAGUAUAGCAGUAUAGCAAUCUGCAAUCGACCAUAAUUGCAAACACAUUACUUUCCUUGAUGAAUAUUAAAUGUGAAAUUCAUUCAAGAUAAGAAAAGUGCUUUAAAUCAUCGACGCGAUAACGAGAUACUUCAACACGAAAUUAACUAACACAUUGAAAGUGUAACAAAUACACACUCAGAUACAGUGGCUCUUACGAUAUUAUUAAAAACCAAUUUUUACAACUUUGUCGAAAAGAAUCGCUAUUGUUACGAUAAUGUAUAUGUAUAUGAUUUAUACAGAAAGAUACGUUUAUUAACAUGCGAGUUCGUGACACGUCAGAUAUGUACAUUUAAGCUAUUAAAAAGUAUACAUAUACGUAUUUCGAAUCGUUUAGACAAAAAUAUAUUUGUAAAUAUGUAUAUAUUGUUAUGGUUUAACAUAGAAUUAAGGUUAACAGGCAACGUUCGAACGUAACCAUACCUUCAUUGGGUUAGAAUUUAUAUAAAUUAUAAAAAUGUUACGAAGGCGGAAAGUUAACAUUAAAACUGUUAAAGAAUUGGAUGCAUUUCCGAAAGUUCUUGAACCAUAUGUUGAUAAAACUGUAGUUGGAGGGACUUUUUCAAUAUUUACAAUCUGCAUCAUUGCUUAUUUAAUUAUAGCAGAAACAAGUUAUUACCUUGAUAGCAGAUUACAAUUUAAAUUUGAGCCAGACACAGACAUCGAUGCAAAAUUACAAAUAAAUAUUGAUAUAACAGUUGCAAUGCCAUGUGGUUAUAUUGGUGCAGAUGUUUUAGAUUCUAUGAAUCAAAAUGUGAUAGGUCACCAAACGCUGGAAGAGGAAGACACAUGGUGGGAAUUAACACAAGAACAGAGAUCCCAUUUUGAAGCUUUAAAGCAUAUGAAUUCAUAUUUGAGAGAAGAAUAUCAUGCCAUACAUGAGCUAUUAUGGAAAUCGAAUCAAGUUACAUUAUAUAGUGAGAUGCCAAAGAGAAUGCACGAACCCAGUUAUGCACCAAAUGCGUGUCGUGUCCAUGGCAGUUUAAAUGUAAACAAAGUUGCUGGAAAUUUUCAUAUUACACUUGGAAAGUCAUUGUCCCUUCCUAGAGGACAUAUUCACAUUUCAGCUUUUAUGACUGAUAAACAUUAUAAUUUUACUCAUAGAAUAAAUAAAUUUUCAUUUGGAGGACCCAGUCCUGGUAUUGUUCACCCAUUAGAGGGAGAUGAAAAAAUUGCAGAUGAUAUUAUGAUUUUGUAUCAGUAUUUUGUGGAAGUAGUUCCCACUGACAUACAAACUUUAUUAAGUACAUCUAAAACGUAUCAAUAUAGUGUGAAAGAUCAUCAAAGACCAAUUGAUCACCAGAAAGGAUCUCAUGGAAUUCCAGGAAUCUUCUUUAAAUAUGACAUGAGUGCACUUAAAAUAAAAGUCACUCAACAACGUGAUACAAUAUGUCAAUUUUUAGUAAAAUUAUGUGCUACAAUUGGAGGCAUUUUUGUAACAAGUGGAUUGAUGAAGAAUAUUGUACAGAGCUUCUGGUACAUUGUAUAUUGUAAGUUUCUGUCUCCUAAGGAAGAUAAAAAUAAUAAAAAAUAUCCGAAUUCCAGUGGACAAAAUCAUAGAGUGACUGGAACAAUAAAUCUACUGAAUGUUUCAGCACCCGAAUGUGUAAAUAUAACGCUUAAGCCACAACCAAUCUAAUUUUUUACAAUUUUUUAGGUAUAUUACAAAGCGCUAUUAAAUUCUUAAUAAUACGAAGUGAAAAUUGCCAUGAAUAGUACAUUUGUAAUCAUCUUGUACAGAUUAAUGAAAAUAAUAAUAACUUUGUACUCAUG